GCUAGUGUCAGUCUUAUGCCAUUGUCUAUAUGUAACAAGUUACAGAUGGGAGACUUGAAGCCUACUACUAUCUCCCUCCAAUUAGCGGAUCGAUCGGUUAAACGUUCGGUAGGUAUAUUAGAGGAUGUACCCAUCCAGGUUGGUAAAUUCUUUAUUCCAGUUGAUUUUGUUAUUCUUGAAAUGGAGGAGGAUUCUCAAAUCCCCAUUAUAUUGGGAAGACCUUUCCUUGCUACCGCUGGAGCGAUAAUUGAUGUGAAGAAUGGAAAGCUCUCUCUCAAUAUAGGGGAUGAAAAGGAUUGACACGAUUGACAUGGUGGUUAGAGAAGAUUUUACCAGAGAUAUCUCAAGUGAUCCACUUGAGAAAUGUUUAGUAAAGAAUGGGGUACCAGAUGAUGAUGAUCAGGAAAUAACUUCCUAUGUUACAAUGCUUGAUGAAAAGCCAACCUACACCAAAACCACCUACAUCAAAGAACCUGAUAUAGUGGUCGAAAUUGCAAGGGGGCUGAAUGACCAGGUCGUGUAUGUAAACACAGUUGUGUCAAAAAGCAGCAGAAACAGCCCAGAACAGGUUUGUGAAGAGAAAACUGCACCUGGGAAGAUGCUGAAUAAUGAUUCCACACGGCCAUGGUGUGUCCGUAGACACAGUCGUGUCAAAAAGCAGCAGAAGAAGUCUAGAACCAGUCCAUCUCCACCAGUUGAAGUGGAACAUAAGGCACAUUGGGCUAUCAAGAGCAUUCAUUUAGAUUUGAAAGAAUCAGGGGAGCAGAGAAAGCUUCAACCAAAUGAACUUGAUGUAUUGAGAUUGGGUGCGUAUGAGAAUGCCAAGAUUUACAAAGAAAGAAUAAUGAAGUGGCAUGAUCAACAUAUCCUCCGUAAAGAGUUUACAGAAGGAGACUUGAUACUUCUACUUAAUUCCCGACUCAAGCUUUUUCCGGGCAAACUUUGUUCGAUGUGGUCCGGACCAUUCCAAGUGCAUAAGAUAUACUCAUUUGGGGCUGUCGAAGUAUGGAGUGAAGCCACGGGAUCUUUCAAGGUCAAUGGACAGUGA